GAUUUUAUUUGCCCCCUGGACUUGCCUCAGCCCGAGACCACCAGAAACAGCAUGGACCCCAACCACCUGCUCGUUCUACUCUGCUUCACCAUCCCCAGCUCUGCAUGGAUCGUUCCCCAGCCAACAAAGAACGUCUGGAAGACGCUGGCACAAGCCCUUGGGCAGGACAACAUCUGUUUGUCCACCUCUUCCGCUGCCGACCCAUUCCUGUUCUGCCUUGUAGGGAUCCAAUAUAAAUUAGAUGAUUUCCCCUUCACCUUCCCUAACCCCACCGCUUCUCCCAGCAAGAAAGCCUGCUCCUUCACCAUCCACCAGCUGGACACGUGGAGAUGGGUCAAACUGCUCCCCCUGAUGGAAGAUAGUCCCCAGGAAUUGGACCUACUUGGAUACUCUCCCUCUUGUACCUGUAUUCAUUUUGAUGUUACCCCAGAUCCCCAGGACUGGCCUAAAAUUGAAGUCAGACAAUCUAAUCAAGCCUACACCGCAAAGGAAUGGUGCCAACGAGUAAUCAAAAUCCCUAUGUUUUCCACCCCCGACAACCGUCCCCAUUCCCUCCCAAAAGGCACAUUCUUAAUUUGUGGCACCCGGGCCUGGGCUGGCAUCCCCCCUCACCUUAUUGGAGGCCCUUGUAUCUUCGGCCAGUUGAGCCUGUUUAUCCCCAACCAGACAAAAAUUUCUCAUUGGAAACAGAUUAAUGGAACCUUCCAAUUGGCUCGGCUAAAACGGGAUACCGAACUCAGUAAUCUGGAUAAAAAUUGUGACUCUGAAAUUUUUCAUUGGUCCAAGCCAAAAGGCAUGGACACAAUUGUGUUUUUACCAUGGGUGGCCAUUGCCCAUGCCUUCAGGGAAUUGGCCGGCCUGGAGUGCUGGGUGGUGAAACAGGCCAAUGUUACCUCAACUGCGCUUGCUGGUCUCCUAUUAGAUGAGGAGGUAACAAGGCAGGCAACCCUCCAAAAUCAGGCAGCCAUUGACUUCCUCCUCCUGCUCCAUGACCAUUCCUGUGAAGAAUUUGAGGGCUUGUGCUGUAUGAACUUAACAUCCAAGGGUGGUGAUGUCCGGAAAGCAAUCAAUAAAUUGCAAGAUAUGAUUAAAGACAUCAAAAAGGAGACUGGGGAUUGGUUGAGUGUCCUGGUUUGUAAGAUAAGCUUGUAUUCUAUUUGCCAUCUGUUGGAGGUUGGGUAGGUUUAUUAUCUCUUCCAAGAAUGAUGGUUUG